GCUGAGCAGCUGUUGCUUCCCUCCUCUCCUCUCUACAGUAUCUGCCUUAUUUAAAGACCCUUCUGUUGCUAGCCAAGCUGGAGACUGCCUCAGGCUGUAACUAGCCUCCUAGGGGAAGUCCUGGACUCUGCGAACACUAACUCCUGAGCCCGAGACUCCAGGUGAAAUGUCCCCUCAGCAAAGAGAGGGGCUGAGUUUUAAACCUUAGAGAGAUCUGCAUAGCAAAUCCUUGGUGAAGAUGUGAAAACCCCAGUCUUGCCCAUUUCUCCUCCCCUGAGCAGAAUUUCCCAUUCCCAGACGACAUGAUCUCCAGCCGGGAACGAGAGGAAGAGCGUAAUCUCCAGAGCUGCGAUGAAAAGGAGAUGCUGAGUGGCACCUGUGCAGAUUCCCUUCCUAAGGUGUCCUUUCUCUCCAAUGACUCAUCUGUGGAUUCUCAUUUCAAUGCACCAGGUGAUGGGAUUAUGAGUGAGAAUGAGUAUGCCUACCAGGAAGGUCCUGAGUUAAUGGAACCAUGUGGCACAUUAUCAGGAAUAUCCCAAAGGAAUAUUUCCCAGAGUCCUGAGCGGAGCAAAGCCUAUGAGGUUCAGCACAGAUCAGAAAGGCAUCAGACAACUGCUCCAGAGAAGAGACAAGGUAAAUCAACUGCCUGUGAAAGAAGUUUCGGGAAACUGCCAAACAUUGACCAGCUGGGAAACCCCACUAUGGGGAGAUCAGCAAUAUGCGAUGACUGUGGGAAAAGCUUCAGGGUGAGCUCAAACCUCAGACAGCAUCAGAGAAUCCAUACUGGAGAGAAACCCUUUGGAUGUGCCGAGUGUGGAGAAAGCUUCCGGCAGCGCUCGCACCUUAUUCAGCAUCAGACAAAACACACAGGGGAGAGACCUUAUGAAUGUACCGAGUGUGGGAAAAGAUUCACUGUGAGCUCAAACCUUAUUCGUCAUCAGAUAAUCCACACUGGAGAAAAACCAUAUAAAUGUGCCGAGUGUAGGAAGAGCUUUAGUGGGAACUCACAGCUUAUCCAGCACCAGAGAAUCCACACAGGUGAGAAACCCUAUGAAUGUGGUGACUGUGGGAAGAGCUUCAGUGUGAGCUCAGCCCUUACUCGUCAUCAGCGAACCCACACUGGAGAGAAACCUUAUGAAUGCACCGUGUGUGGGAAAUGCUUCAGUCAGAGUUCAGACCUUAUGAAACAUCAGAGAAUUCACACAGGAGAGAGGCCCUACGAAUGCACUGACUGUGGGAAGAGCUUCUGUGUGAGCUCUCAUCUUAUUCAACAUCAGAGAAUCCACACAGGAGAGCGCCCCUAUGAGUGUGCCGAUUGUGGGAAAAGCUUCAGUCAGAGCUCAGACCUUAUGAAGCAUCAGAGGAUCCACACAGGGGAGAGACCAUAUGAAUGUGCUGAGUGUGGAAAGAGCUUUAGUUGGAGCUCAGCACUUAUCAAACAUAACAGAAUCCACACAGGGGAGAGACCCUAUGAAUGCGCAGGGUGUGGGAAAAGCUUCAGUCAGAGCUCGCACCUUGUUCAGCAUCAGAGAAUCCACAUGGGAGGGAAUCCCUGAGACUGGGAUGAGAAUGGGGAAGGCUUUGUGUCAGAUAUCCCUCCCAACGGAUAGAAGCCAAGUGUGUUUCUUUGGGCCUGUAAGGCUCUGACCUGUUCAUAGAGAACAAGAAGUGGAUUGUUGAGGAUGGCGUGUAGUUAGACAAAGAGGAAAGGUUGGUGCAGUGAGAUGAGUCAUAUAGAGGAAUGUGUGAUGGGAGCCAGAGGAGUAACCAGGAGAUGUGGGAGG